GAAAGCAGUCUUGUGGGUACCUCCUCCCCAAGCCCACACCUUGGAUCUGCAGCUGGGUCCUGCCUCCUCUGGGUAGGUCAUGGCUGAGCCUUGGCUGGUGCUUCUCCUGGCCCUCGGGUGUCCAACCCUGCCCACAGGUGUGGGUAGCACGCCCUUCCCCUCUUUGGCCCCACCGAUCACACUAUUGGUGGAUGGGAAGCAGCAGACGCUGGUAGUCUGCCUGGUCCUCGAUGUUGCACCCCCUGGCCUUGACAGCCCCAUCUGGUUCUCAGCUGGCAAUGGCAGUGCACUGGAUGCUUUCACCUACGGCCCUUCCCCAGCAGCAGACGGCACCUGGACUAGCUUGGCCCAGCUCUCCCUGCCCUCCGAGGAGCUGGCAGCCUGGGAACCCUUGGUCUGCCACACAGGGCCUGGGGCUGAGGGCAGCAGCUGGAGCACACAGCCCCUACAGCUGUCAGGAGAGGCUUCUUCAGCCAGGACCUGCCUCUGGGAAACUUUCAGGGGGGUGCCGGGCCAGGCCCUGCGGCUGGGGGCGCUGCGGCUGCUGCUCUUCAAACUGUUGCUGUUCGACGUGCUCCUGACCUGCAGCCGGCGCGCGCGGCCCAGGCGGACCCGGCGGGGGCUCCUCGCCCAGAGGGGUUCGGAGCUCCCUACGCCCCCAAUAGCCCCGCGAGCAGACCGUCUUCUCCGUCCGCCGCCGCCGCCAGUCUGA